ACCCGGCACUAUAAACAAGAAAGACGAUCUGUGAUUGCGACGGGGAAAGAGACUGAAGUUCCUGGCGGCUAUCGGAGGAUGGUAUAAAGGUAUAUUCGAAUAAGUAGAGGAAGAAGAAAGGCUUUGAGAAGCAAUGGUGUUGUGGGAGUUAGCUCUGGGAACAGCCUACUUCUUGGGACUCAGGCGGUCUUACCGGCUCGCAUUGAAGACCCAGCGUCGGAUUGUUAGCCCAAAUCAUCCAAGGGUCCGACAAUUUCUCCACAGGAGGACUCAUCAAAUAUUUGAUGUGGCACUUAGGGUCCACAAGAGCAUACAACAGAGAGACAUGGAGAUUGGUCGGAACCUUGGAAACUGGAUUCUUAGAGGGCUCGACCGUAUGAAGCCAUCAGCUCAGGUUCUACGGCCAAAACAGAUAGAGCCAACAAGCACAGGCAAGGCUGCGAAGAGGCUAUUAGAUUCAACACGUCUCAAACCGCAUGCCAACGCGAAGACACCUCAGAGUAAUGAAGUCGGUAGGAACUUGUUCUUGUCCUUGAGGAACCUCCGGCCCAAGUUUUCGCCGACUAUCUCUAUGAUGAUGAAGAUCAAGCCGCCAAGACCCGUCGGAAGUACCACUCAGUAUAGGCCUUUCAGUGAUUCCAGUCUUGUUAAACCCAUCAACGUUAGAGGCGGGUUUGAUGGUGUUAUCAGGAAGGACAUUUUGCAAUGGAUGGGACAGAGAUGAAGUCGCCAAAAUUCACCAAAGCUUUUCUGAACGUUCCAGCUGGUUCUCAUGUUAUAAGUAGCUGACGGAUACCAAGGGCAAUAACAUAGAAACACUCCUUAAACUCUUCUUUGUAGAGUCUUUUAAUAAGUGGUCGAAUCUCUUGUAGAAUCCAUAACUUGUGACUAGUUUUACUUGACCAUUUGAUCAUGAAAACAAAUACAAGUUCAGUU